AUGACAUACGACACCAUGAACCACAGUGUGGUGAAAGGUGGCGUUAUUUUCUUCUCCGCUGGCAUGAACCUGGCCAUCAGUGUGGGUUGGGCCAAGUUCGGCUUAAUGGGCACCAGUAAGCAUUUUUGCAAUUCCUGGUUAAUUGGUGUGAUUGCGGGCACAAUUCUGUCCACAGUCCUAAGAAGAUUUCUAAGCAAAACGGUGCUAUGGAUUUUCUCUUCAAUUUUAAUUCUCACUGCUGGUCUCAUUUUCACUGCUGUUCCCGAUAACUACGAUGCUCUAUUGGCGGGACGUUAUCUCAACGGCAUUGGUGUGGGUCUGGCAAUUAUCUCCUUCAUAAUGCACGCCAGUGAGAUUGCAGUGAAGAAGCAUCGUGGGCGAUGUUUGGUAGUGGAGCAGUUCUCAAUGUCUCUGGGAAUUGCGGUACAAAUGAUUUACACCUCAAAUUGGAAGGAUGAGUGGGCAUUCUCCACAUAUCGUUUACAUGGAAUUUUGGAAAUUAUUUUGGCAUUUUUGGGUGUGGCCGCCUUGAUAUUUUUCAUUGAAUCACCAAUUGAUCAAAUCCGCUGGGGUAACGAUCAUGCCGCUCUGAAAUGUUAUGCCAAGCUGAGGCUCAUCGACUCCCACUCGAAAGAGGCCUAUGAUCUCCUCAGUAUGGGCAAAGUUUAUGUCAAUGAAGAGGAAAGUUUGACAUUUGGUGCCAGCUUCAAACGUGGCAUCCUGCCGUUGGUGAAAAUGUUACUUUUCCGCAGUAUCGUUGUGGCCUUGUGUUUCUCGCUGCCCUUCAGUGCUGCCUUCAAAUAUAGUGCCCUACAAAAUGGCACCGAAUGGGUUGUAACCGUUGCCGCUUGUGGUCGUAUUUUGGGUGCGGUGUGUGUAAUAUACUUAGUGGACUCCGUGGGUCGCAAGACCACCUCCAUGCUAACCAUGUUCAUAGCUGCUGCCAUGCUAAUCGGUUUGGGCCCUUUGUUUAGCCGUCUCAGCAGUAUUGAGGAUACAUCAAAUAUGGCCACAGCCACAUAUCUUUGCACCUGGAUGCAAUUUGCUGUGGGGUAUUUUACACCCUUUACCUCUGUCUAUUUGGGUGAAGCUUUCCCCCUCCUGCUUAAACCUUAUUUUAUAGCUCUUGUGGUCAUUGGCGAACAAUUGGUCCACAUUGUGUUGAUUAGUACCAUCUCCUUCGAUUUAAGUCUCAUGGAUCAUGGCAUCAUUAUAGCUGUGAUAUUUUUAAUAAGCUGUUUCACAAUGCCCGAAACGAAAAAUACCACCCUGCAGGAAGCUCAACAGAAAUUCAGAAAAUUGUUUAAUGUAGGACGAAAUUAA